CGUCAGGCCGCUUUAUUCCGGCUGCGAUUCAUGCACCGGCCAUGUUUUCACCCUUGCUGCUGCUGGCGGCGGCGUUACCCUACGCCAGCGCCCGGAUCUGUACACCCGAAGGAGCAUUCUUCAAUAUAUCAACUCAGGAAAGUCUCGACUCUUUCACCAGCAACUGCACAACAGUCAACAGCACGGUUCGCUUCGGCACCAACUAUACAGACUCCUUCGUCCUCCCCAAUAUCACCAAUGUAACAGGCGAUGUCAUUAUCACCGCCAGCGACAGACUGGCGUCUGUUGAAAUACCCGAUGCCGAAUACCUAUCCGGUCUAUGGAUUAGCGAUGCGCUGGACCUAGCCCGGAUAUCCCUUCCGAAAGUGCGACAUAUCAAGAACGUUUAUCUCAAUACAUCUGCUGCCGAGCCGGUUCUGGACUUUCCGUUGCUUGAGCGUGUGGAUGCGCUGUUGCUUUAUGGAAACUGGUCUAGUAUGGCAUUUGAUGCCUUGCAUACGGUUAAUAAUACCCUCUUUGUUUGUCAAGAUGGGCAUUGUGAUCCGGAUGAAGCUCCAGAGAGAUCAAUGAACAUUUCUUUCCCUGCUUUGAAGCAGAUAAACGGGCGAGCUGAGUUUGGCGGGAAUAUCGCUAAUCUGUCUCUCCCUGAGCUUGUCACUACGGCUUCUCAUAUGAAUAUCUACCACCAGGGCCCGAACCUCAAUCCAAGCCUUCCAAAACUGGACACGGUGGAGAAUAUUGACUUCCAGGGUAAUAUCUCUACAAUCGAAAUGCCCUCGAUACAGAAACUCGACAUGUUCCAGUGCUAUACAGACGAGCCGCUCACGCUGAGUCUGCCCGCUGAAACAGCACAAUACAUCUACAUCGACGUGCCCAGUAUUGCAAGUCUCGAAUUCCCGAAUCUAACCAACUACUCCGCGGUCUCCGUGCGCACCGACGAAGCCUACGACUGCGACAAACUCCAAAAAAGCAUCGUCGUCGGCGUGAAACACGAUGUCAUUUUCUACUGUGAUGCCCCUAGUUCCAGUAGUUUCGAUGGUCUAAGCACCGGUACCAAAGCAGGGAUAGGGGUUGGUAUUGCUGUAGCGGGACUUGGGAUUAUAGGGCUUGCAGUGGUCUUUUGGAUGAGAUGGCGGGCGAAGAAAAAGGAAGUGGACGAGGAGCAGAAGGUGGCUGCGAUUAGGGCUAAGCCUACGAGUGAUAGUGAUGAUUCUAGGAAUGGGCUUUCAUGAUAGAUGGUUCUGCAUGGCGUUGGGGUUUGUUCUUUUUUUUCGUUUUAGAUACCUGGUCUAGAGUUUCGUGUGAAUGAUAUUGACAGCCAGCUCAUUAGCUGGAAUUGCCUAUACUACAAAUGCAAAGUAAAAUUAAAA